AUGUCGUCUGACCUUCUUGAUGUAUUAAUUAUUGGUGGUGGCCUAUCCGGUCUAUCAGCUGGAAACUAUUUAUUAGAACAUAACAUAGAUAAUUUUCUUAUUCUUGAAGCUCGAGAUCGUGUAGGAGGUCGAACAUGUACUAUUGAGUAUCAAAAACAUGCAGUGGACAUUGGAGGUGCUUAUGUUGGUCCAUUUCAAAAUCGUAUUCUUCGAUUAGCUCGUGAAUUUGACAUUCGUACCUAUCGUGUUUAUAAUAAAGGAAAAACUAUUUUAACACUUGCGAAUGGAAAUCGAUCCGAAUAUACAGGUCUUAUACCAACUUCCAUUGGCAUUUUCUCAUUACUUGAUGUUAAUUAUUUAUUAUGUCGGACACAGGAAUUAUGCGAGCAAUUAUCGAAUUUAGAACCGUGGUCAAAUGAAGAUUUAGCUUCAAAAUACGAUCGAAUGACAAUCGAUGAUUGGAUCGAAACAUUAGGUGAAACUGAUCAAGCGAAACAACUUUAUCGAGCCGUUGCUCGGACAAUACUUUGCGUUGAACCAAAUGAAGUAUCCAUGCUUGCUUGGAUUUCAUAUGUUAACAAUGGCUUGGGAGUUAUGCGUCUAUGCGAAGUUGAUGAUGGUGCUCAAGAAAGAAAGUUUCGUGGUGGAUCUCAGCAAAUAUCGAAUCGAUUAGCUGAGAAACUUGGUGAUAAUCGAGUUUUAUUUAAUCAUACUGUUAAAUAUAUAGAUUGGUCGUCGACAGAAAAUUUAGUUAAAGUUACAUGUGAUAAUAAUAAAACAUUUACAUGUCGCCAUGUAAUUAUUGCUCUCGCACCAUCUCUUUAUAAAACAAUACAAUUCGAACCUGAAUUACCACCAAAAAAGCGCGAAGCAACUGAACGAAUGUAUAUGGGUUCAAUUAUAAAAACGAUUACAGUAUUUGAACGACCCUAUUGGAAAGAGAAUGGUUUUAGUGGUAUCAUAUUGGAUACGUCGAGAGUAUCAUUAAAUCCGGUUAUUUAUACUUUUGAUGAUUCAUGUGAUGAAGAUAAAUUUUAUGCCAUCAUGGGUUUUAUUGUUGCUGAUUCAAGCCGUGAAUGGGCUAAAAAAACACGAGAUGAACGUCGACAAGCUGUUUGUGAACAAUAUGCCAGAGCAUUUCAAUGUAAUGAUAUGUUAACGGGUUGUCGCGAUUAUAUCGAACAAGAUUGGUCUGCUGAAAAAUUUAGCGGCGGUUGUUAUACAGAUAUAAUGCCAAAAGAAUUGCUAUCAUCGUUACGUGAACAACUGCAUACGCCAUGUGGAGACAAUGGUCAAUUGAUGUUUGCUGGUACUGAAUUAGCAACUCGAUUUGCUGGUUAUAUGGAUGGUGCAGUACAAUCAGGCGAAAAGGCAGCAUAUGACGUUAUUACUAAAUAUUUGAAAAAGAAUGAUGAAAAUUUUAAAUUAGAAUGGAUACAAGAAGAACCGGUUGAUGAUAGAGAAGAAUGUCGAUCGCCCAAUACUAAAAGACUUAUGUAUGGGCCAUCUAAAAUUGAAAUGUUAUUACCAAAAGCGUCAACAGUUAAAUUUAUUUUAAAAACUAUUUCCGUCGUUUUAGUUGGCUAUACUGCAAUGAUGAUCAAAUCACGAUAUUUUUAA